CAAGGGGAUAGGCUACGAGGUGCAUGCCCGUUGGGCUUCCCUCCAAGACCAGCCGCAGCCUGACCAUUUCUUUUGCAGACUGCCCCGCCUCCUCUCCAUAUUCGACCUGAUUCCCCCCCAUGGUUCCCCAACUGGGAGAACCGCUCCAGCAAGCACAAUGUCCGGGUUGGAGCCGAUCGCGGCCCUUGGGCUGGCAUGCAACAUCUUGCAGGUGAUCGAGAUCGGGAUCAAGACCGUUCAGCUGGCGAGGCAACUGUACAAAGACGGCGAACUUGAUCCGACGCUGGGGGACAACGGCAAAUUUCUAGUAACCCUCUCGGACCAGAUCCUUUCGACUAGCGUCACCAACGCCACAGGGGAGGGAGGAAGGAAGAAUUACGACCCUCAAGACCAGCGAAUCGUUGAUCUCGCCAUAAAGAUUCACCGUGCAGCGCGCGACCUCGUGGAAGAGGUCAACUUCCUGAGAGGGCGCCCGACGAAGAGCCAGGUGUUCGCGACCAUGCAAACUGUGGCGAAGACGUUCUGGAGGAGGAAGCGAUUGGAGAAACUCGAAAAGAACUUGAGGGAAGCCGAGCAGCAGUUGCAGGCGGGACUUCUGACCGAGAUCUAUGAGAGGUCGCGAAGAACAGACACCGGCGUAUCGUCCGUUGGCGGUGACCUGCGCGCCUUUGUCGACGAAUAUCGCAACGGGCGACGCGAUGCCGCGCUCUAUGUAUCUGCCGAAGCCGACAAAACCAGACAGCACGUCGUCAGGGAGAUCGCGAAGGGCGAGAAGGCCACCAAGACCCACGUCACACAAAGCACCGAUGAGGUCGGGGCCUCCAUCAAAACCCACAUGGAUUUGGCGUUCUGCGGCGUGGCUCGACGAGAGGACGCUGCCGCACUGGAGGCGAAGAGGGAGCGGCUACUACAAAGCCUGACCUUCCCUCGAAUGAACGAGAGGCGCUCCCUCGUCGCAUCCUCGCACCCAGGAACCUUUCGUUGGGUUCUGCAGGACGGAAGCGACAACGAUGAAGCAAGACGAGACGGGGAGACAGUGCAGGACGGAAGCGACACCGAUGAAGCAAGCCAAGACGGCGACACCGAUGAAGCAAGCCAAGACGGCGAGACAGAAGGGAGUGGCAGCAAGAUCACUUGGGACAGUUUUGUGGACUGGCUCAGGUCAACAGAAACGACCUACUGGGUCAGCGGCAAGCCUGGCGCAGGGAAGACCACGCUGAUGAAGUAUCUCAUGGCCCAACCCGAGACACAACAGCACCUCAGAUCGUGGAACACUGAAGCAGCUGUGGUCAUAUCGCACUUCUUCUGGAGGCCUGGAAAUGACAUGCAACAAAGCGUCCGAGGCCUUCAGUGCUCCCUGCUGCACCAGCUUUUUUCCGAAAGCCCCCUGUCUACGGACUGGGUUCUCCAAGGCCAUGAGUCUAUACGCAGAAAGAGCGCCGAUACCGACUGGUCAGGCGAGGAGCUGACAAGUACCCUGUACAACGUCAUGAGCCAAUAUCCUUCGCCUGUCGUUAUCUUCCUUGACGGUCUCGAUGAGGUGCUUCCUAAGGACGGCACACUUCAGCUCCUCCAUUUCAUCGAGGAGCUCAGGGAGCGAUAUGGAAAAGUUGGCAAGCUCAAGCUUUGUUUAGGGUCCCGUCGAGAGCCUCUUCUCUUGCGGAGGCUGGCUGCUUACCCGCAGUUGCGCCUCGAGCACCUUACGCUGGAGGAUCUUCGGCAGUACGGCCAUGAUAAGAUGGUUAUUCCACAUGACUAUCAGAUCAUCAUCACCCCUAACUUGCCAUUCCAUCCCCAAUCGAAUCACAAUUCCCUUAGGGAGUGGCUUGUGGCCGAGCUCGUGGAAAAGGCUGAGGGUGUCUUCCUUUGGCUGUGUCUCACCAUCACGACACUCACAGAUGCCCUCCACCGUGGUGAGACCUUGGAGGACUUGUGGCACCGAAUAACCAGUCUGCCAGGGGAUCUCCUGGAACUGUACAAAGACAUGUGGGCCCGCACCGACAUCGAAACCCCGCAUCGCCGAAGAAUCGCAGCCUCGUACCUGAGGCUGGCCCUUGCAGGUCCUUAUGUUUGGCUUGAACCACUCAACAUAUUUCAUUACAUGGUAGCAACGAACGGGGACGCGCACAAACGUCUCCUCGAGCUCGACAUCCCAACAAACGCCCCCGCGAACUUUCUAAUCCAGGCAUGCAAGGCAACGCGGCGGGAACUGGAAAGCACUUGUGCCGGGUUUCUCCAGUGCCCACCACCUGAGAAACAAGUCGGACCCACGGAUGACGAUCGCAACUUCAUCUUGCUACCGUGGCAUGGCAAAGAGUAUGAUGGGCUCGUUCCGUACAUCAAUCAAUCCAAGGUGUUUUUCCUGCAUCGAACAGCACAAGACUUUCUCCUCGACACAGCCGAAGGGCGACAAAUCCUGAACAACGACAAUGACUCACUUUCGGGAUGGGAUGAAAAUCUACGUCUUGCUCAGGCUCGACUCGCUGAGUGUAGAUUGUUCAAAAGCCCGUCUGCAUUCCUGCCUCCCGGGUGCAGGACGGGUCCCAUAGGCAAUAUGCCCUAUAGUAUCGAGGACAUCAUCUGUAGCGCUUUUUCCUCGAAUGGCCUCAGCGCCAAGCGUCUGGCGGGCGAUCAAACCCAACUCCUCCUACAAUGCGAGCGGGCUUUCAACGAUGGUUAUAUCACCACCCCCCACACACUCCCAGACGAUAACAUCCACAUGCGGCGGUAUCCGGGGCUGCUAUUCCUGGUGGGCUUUGAGGAAGUUGUGCGGCGUCAAAAUGAGUACUGGAUCCUGCUCGGCGAAUGUGAUUGGCUAGAUUUUGUGGCCAUCUGGGACAUGAUCCUCAAGAUCGUCCAAGACCGGAACCUUGACGUUCGAACACAAUCGGAACUUCUUAUUUCGCUUUGUACCUUGAAAAGGCUCCGGCGCGAUUCCCGUGUCGACCUUGAUGCUCGACUCUCUGCGAUGCGAAAGCUUCUGCAUAUGGGAGCCUCUGCAACAUGGAGUGGGUCUUGUCCGGGGAAAGGCGAAAUGGACCGCGAGGAGAUUAUCGUGGUACAAACGCCCAUUAAAGCCUUGGUGUCAUCGAUAUGGGCCGAUUUUUGUGGUUUCUCCACCACCCAGAAUGAUGCGCGACUUUUCCUGGAGUUUGUUCAACUUUUGGUUGCCAAGGGAGCCGACCUAAAAGAGGAAGUGCAUAUUGCUAUCCAGUUCGAUAUCGUGUCCUCCGGGCGCUGUGUCCUCGCGCCCUUAGCAGUUUUCGCCAGCGAAUAUGAACUCCAACUCCAUAGUGUCGGCCAGGUAUCAGGACGAACCGUCACUACUUUGGUGCUGGCAUGUCCGGCAUCGACCUUGAUCGCCAUUAUGGUGCAGAUCUGGGAGAAAGCGAAUAUCCCCCAGCUGGAUGAGCUCCUUCAACCAGGGGGAGUGAUGGAAAGAGGGUUUGGCACCAGCCGGCCAGUCGCAGUGGCGAGGAUACGGCCGGGUGAGCGUUCCUCGUGGAGCUCAGAAGCUUACAACUUGCUGCGGAGUCCACAUGUUUACCCCCUUCCGUUCGAUGGCUCUUUGGACGGGACUCCUUUGUGGCUGGCACGUUUUGCUGAGCAAAGCAUGAAGGAUGGCGGCAUGUGGACCAAGAACCGCACCGGGGGCGAGUAUGGGGAAUUGAUGGUAGCCGAAGUCUCCAUCCCACCGGAUCUGGAGCUGGCACUGGAUCUUCUUGUCAAAAGGCUCGUACUGGAAAAGGGGCCAUUGUUGGAUAGAAAGCGGGAGCUCCGGAGGAGGCUGGGUAUCUGCACACCGUGUGAGGAAUGGGGGGGAAGAUGGGCAGAUGAAGAGCGGGAAGAGGAUGAAGAGGAUGAAGAGGAUGAAGAGGAUGAAGAGGAUGAAGAGGAUGAAGAGGAUGAAGAGGAUGAAGAGGAUGAAGAGGAUGAAGAGGAUGAAGAAGAUGAAGAGGAUGAAGGGUAUGAGGGGUAUGAAGAGGUGUGAAAAAGAGGAGGCUUAGUUAGAAGCGGUUACGGGAAGGGGAAGAUGGAUUGUGAGCUGUGUACAGCACAGCAGUUAGGCGACGAGCGCAAAGGGGGAAGAAAAGAAGCUUCGGCACUUGAACUACCAUCCAUCGCUGCUGUCGGAGCGGCUUGUCGGGUCCGGCAGCCGGCCCCUUGCAAUAAAAUCUCCCGCAAUCAUAUUCAGCGGUGCCGCAGUUUUACUUGUCCUGGCUGGG